AUGAGACCAACCAAUCAGCCUGCGAAUACCUCUGCUGUCAUCAAUCAGGUAGAAACUGCGGAAACGUUGGAGCAGCUACCAGGGUUGCUACGGGUCGAAUCCACGGUCACUCUAAGCAAAACCAAGCGGUAUUUAAUCACGAUUCUGAUUCUAAUCUGCAAUUUGACCCAAUUUAUCUCCAUGUUCUCGACUGUUGCGGGUGGUUUCGAGCUCAGCAAGAUUCUGGGGCAGCCCGUGGGCCCAGGAAAGGCAAACUGGAUGGCGGCAGCCUAUUCCCUUACGCAAAGUGCCUUUGUUCUCAUCAGCGGUCGCCUAGGGGCUGUGUACGGUCACCAAAAGCUAUUGAUUCUUGGCGGCGUCGUCAUUGUCGCCUUUUCAGUUGUCAACGCAUUCUGCACCACUUACAGCUCGUUCGUGGCCAUCCGCGCUCUUACAGGCGUGGGCGGUGGUAUUCUGAUGCCCAACGCCGUGGCAACUCUGACAAUUAUGGUUCCCCCUGGCAAGGUGCGUAACUUUACCCUGGCUACAUUCGCGGCAUCUCCCCCGGUCGGAGCCGGGAUUGGGGCUCUGAUGAUGGGCGCUUUUCUUCGGUAUUCCGAAUGGAAGUGGCAUUUUGUUUCGGUUGCUUGCAUCGGGGCCGCCUGUUUCGGGGGGCUCGUCCUCGUUUUGCCUUCUGAGACACCUGUCGACAAAGGUGGCAAAAUCGACUAUGUUGGCAUCAUUGUCGGUCUGGGAGGGCUCCUGCUGUUCUCCCUAGCAUGGAACCAAGCUCCGGCAGAUGGAUGGGAGACUCCAUAUAUCAUCGUCAUGCUCAUUCUUUCUUUGAUCCUCAUGGUAUUUUUCUUUUUCUGGGAAAGCAGAUGGGCUGAUGAACCUAUUAUGCCUCCCUCUAUCUUCCGUGGGAAAAGCUUCAAGGCCCUUACUGUCGUGGUUCUAUUCAUUUACAUGGCAGUGGGCAUCACACUCUGGUAUAUGGUUGCUUGGCAGCAACUAAUCCGCGAGUGGUCUGUCCUCGAAGUCGCUGUUGGCUGGAUUCCAUAUGGACUCGGGGCAUCGUUCGCUGUGAUCUUGGCUGCGUGGCUGAUCCCUCGACUUGAGGCACAAUGGAUUCUGGCCAUCGGAUGCCUCACGUCGCUAACUGCGACACUUCUACUGGCCACCAUGCCAGAACAGCAAUCAUACUGGGCCCAGGUUUUCCCUUCUACCUUGUUCGGCAGUUUCUGUCCCGACUUCGUCUAUGUUGCCUCCCAGGUCAUUGCCAGCAACAGUGUCAGCAAAAAGGAGCAAGGACUGGCGGGUAGCCUCAUCGGAACGCUCAAUCUGUACGGCAAUAGCUUAGGAUUGGGCUUUGCGGGAACAAUCGAGUCCAACGUGGCCAAGCGCCACUCAAGCGAGGUGUUGGGAUUCCGGUCAGCAUUGUGGUUUGGGGCGGCUCUGUCUGCUGUUGCGUUGCUGAUGGAUCUGUCCCUCGUGAGAAUGGACAAGGAGGACCAGGAGGGUUGGAAGUCGACUGAGGGUGAGCUUGAGACAGUUGGCAGGUGUUCGUUACAUGGAGGAGAAGGGACUGAGAGCUGA